AUGGGGUCGGUGUCUAUGCUCGUAGAGGUAAAUCCCCUGCCAGGUGCCAAGAUCAAGUCGACCACGAUGGAUGGGUACGCUGAUAUCCGUCAGCGUCAGCGCGCUGCGAACGUGGGCAGGCAUAUCGUCUGGCCCUUCGGCGGUGUGGCCGAAGCGGGUAUCACCAUCUGGCACCAGGUCUGCCAGAAAACGUUCAAGAUCUACCAGCACUUGCGGAUCGGCGUUUUCCAUAAUCAUCAUCGAGGCGCUGGUAUGGUGAAUGAAGCAGUGACACAGUCCAUCAACGAUCCCACUUUGCCCGACCAACUCAUGCAAUUGCGAAGUAAUUUCAAGAACGCCGCGUCCGUUGCUCGCAAGCUCAAAAUAUGCAUCGGCUUCAGCCGCCUUUACAGGGCUCACCGAACCCUCUACGCGAACUUGUCGCUCAAGAACUUUCCUGAAUUGAAAAACGAUACGCUCCUUCGGGCGCUGCUACGCCAGCCAACUGAUUACACCCCAGUAUGGGUCAUGCGACAGGCUGGCCGCUAUUUGCCCGAAUAUCGAAAAAUCAGGGCCCAAGCGGGCGAUUUUAUGUCGUUGUGCCGCAAUGCCGAGCUGGCCUGCGAAGUGACCAUGCAGCCGCUGCGACGAUUCGAUCUGGAUGCAGCCAUCCUGUUUUCAGACAUUCUGACCAUUCCCGACGCGAUGGGACUGGGACUGCACUUUGAAACGGGCGAAGGACCGCGUUUUGAACGACCACUGCGUGACGCCCGGGCGAUUGCUGCGCUCGGCAUCCCAGAUGUAGAAGACGAUCUGGGCUAUGUGAUGAAUGCGGUCAGGACGAUUCGCGCAGAGCUAGGCGGCAGUGUGCCGUUGAUUGGUUUUGCCGGCAGUCCAUGGACGCUGGCGACCUACAUGAUCGAGGGCGGUGCCAGCCGUGAUUUCCGUCGAGCCAAACAACUCUUGCUGGACCAGCCGGACGCAGCGCAUCAACUACUGGGUAAGCUCGCCGACACCACGGUUAACUACCUCAAUGCGCAAUCCGCAGCGGGCGCACAAGCUCUGAUGAUAUUCGACACUUGGGGUGGUGCGCUUAACCCGGUCCUAUAUCAGCAGUUCUCUUUGCACUACAUGAAUCGAAUAUUGGCUGGCCUGGUCCGUGAGCGAGAUGGUCGGAUCGUGCCGACAAUAUUGUUUACCAAGGGCGCCGGCCCCAGGCUGCGUGAGAUGGCGCAGUCUGGCUGUGACGCGCUUGGGGUCGAUUGGACGGUUGACCUCAACGAUGCCAGGCGUUGGGUUGACGACAAAGUAGCGCUACAGGGGAACUUGGAUCCAUCUACCCUAUACGCCUCACCGGCCACGAUCCGCGCGCAAGUCAAGGCAACGCUGGCCAGCUACGCCGAUGGUCCAGGCCACGUGUUUAAUCUUGGCCAUGGCAUUACGCCGCAGGUGCCAUCGGAACACCUGGGGGUACUGGUCGAUGCCGUUCAUCAGUUGAGUUAUCGCGGCACCGAUUCACCCAACUAA